AUGAGGUGGACGGCGUUCGUGGUGGUCGUGGUGGCGCUUUGGGUGGCCGUCGGUGCGGGCCAGACCGUCCAGUACGUAGGACGCGUCCAGCAGUCCUCGACCGUCUCCGGCGCCGUCGAGUUCGAAUGGUCCAACGUCGAAAUCCACACCUCGGGCAAGGCCAUCGAGGCGCUGCUCGACAGUAACGGGAACGUGUUCGAAGUGUUCGUGGACGGCGUGUCGGUGGGUCUCAUCAACACCACCAGCGGCGUGCGCCAGUACACCGUGGCCAGCGGCCUCAGCACCGGUGUGACGCACUCUGUGGUGCUGCGCAAGCGCACCGAGGCGCUGUUCGGCGUGGUCACCUUCCACGGCUUCGAGGUGGCGGGCGCGUCGUCGGGCGACGAUGGGGAGCGCUUCUUCAUUCCGGCGGUCAAGGCGACGAUGCGCCCGAAGGCACUCGAGAGCCGCCGCAUCGAGUUCGUGGGCGAUUCCAUCUCGUGCGGCUACGGCAUCGAAGGCCACCCGCCUUGCCCCUUCACUGCCGCCACCGAGAACAGCGGCCUGACCUACGGUUCGCUGAUCGCCAAGAGCCUGAGCGCGGAGCUGCAUCUCGAGUGCUGGAGCGGGCGGGGCGUGGUGCGGAACUACGGCGACAAGAACAUCACGUCGGCCGAGCCCUUCCCCUCGCUGUUCCCGCGGACCCUACCCACCGCCCAUGACUCGGCGUGGCACUUUGGCGUGUGGACUCCCCAGGCAGUGGUGAUCAAUCUGGGCACCAACGACUAUUCCACCCAGCCCGCGCCUCCGCAGGACAUCUUCGAAGAAGGCUACCAAAAGUUCGUGGAGUACAUCUACAGCCAGUACAAGGGCAACCACGAGACUCCUCAUUUCUUCCUGGCCUGCGGCCCCAUGAUCUCGCAGCCCUGCUGCUCUUACGUCAAGAACGUCGUUGACAAGGAGAAGGCCAAGGGAGUAAACAUCACCUACAUCGACAUGCAGCACAUUCUCAGCCCCGAGGACCAUGGCUGUGCGGGUCACCCCUCGGUGAGCGGGCACAGGAAGAUGGCGGGCGUUGCUGGACCGGUCAUCAAGGCCGCCAUGGGCUGGUAG